CCCAGCCAGGCUGUCUACACCUUCAACCAUUUCCAACUGCAGAAUAAAAUCAAGACACGGAAGGGAAGGAAGUGCAUUGAUGCACUUCGCUUCAAACUACCGGGCCAGCGAGUGAUGGAACUCUGCGGAGAGCAGCAAGGUGUCUACCGCGUCCCCUCCUUCCGCUUCCAGAACGAGUUUGUCUCCAACAGGGACAAGACGGCCCGCGGAUUCAACAUCACCAUCAGGGCAGCGAAGACUUCCUGCCACCAGGUGAUAGACCUCAGGUUCGGCAACAAGACGAGCGACUACAUCGAGACGCCGAGGUUCCCCAGGGUCUUCCCGAAAAAUGCUCAGUGCGAGUGGUGGAUUAAGGCUCCAGCAGACAGAAGAAUCAGGCUGGACAUCGAGACACUCACCGUCAAGAAAUCCAGGAAGUGCAUGGAAGCCUACGUCGUCGUCGACCGAGCCGGGGACACGAUGUACCCUUCUGAAACCAGUGACCUAUUUUGCGGUCAGGCCGGUGGUAGGUCGAUCACCUCGACCGGCAAUCAAAUGAACGUCGUCUUCGACGGCGGCAGGAAGAGGCUAAAGGGAAUGAGGGCCCAAUAUCACGUGAUCUGAGGCGCAGGGAGAGAUGGAGGUUUGAAUCUUACGAGCGUGGAAAUUAGACCUAUAUCUUAACUGUGCAGUUCUUCGUCCUCAAAACUUUGUAUUUUAGAACGCUAUGUAAUUAGGCUACUAUAAACUAACCCCUUCAAUAGUAAAAAUAUGAAAAUUAUGCCAUUAAACUAAAGUUUAAUGCAAAUUAACAUCUCAAAAUCUGAAGCAUGGUGGAGGGAAAUUAGACCUAUAGCUUAAACCAGGCAGUUUUUUUGUGAUCAAAACUUUGCCUUUUAGAACGCUUUGUAAUUAGACCGCAAUAAACUAACCCCUUCAGUAUUAAAAAUAUGAAAAUUA